GAUAAGAUCCAUGUUUUAUCAAAAUGUCGGAAAUUAGUUGUGACUUUUAGCUAUUUAUUUAUUUUGUGGAUCAUUUAUUAGUGUGACUAUUAUUAUUCCUCAGAUUUGUAAGGCAUGCUGAGCCUCUAGGAUGUGUGACCAGACUGAAGUGACGUAUUCACCCGGAGAUGUGGUGUGGGUCAAGCUGGGAUCCUUAUGGUGGCCCAGUCAGGUCCAGGACUACGACAAGCUACCAGAGGAGAUUACACACGACCUGCGCAAGCGGCCGAUAGCUGUCGUCAAGUUCUUUCAAGAAGACUCUUACGAGUAUGUGAAGAAUUUAAACCAGAUCUACCACUACAAUUGUCGGAGGAAAGAAGAAUUUAUUAAGAAGGGUCUAGACAUGGUGAGAUCAUCAAACACCCGAGAAGUGCCAUCGAACAUGAGCAUGUUUCCCAACGACAUAGUGAUGGCCGAACACAUCACUGGAGGAGAUCCAAACAUCCUAGAGAGUGAAGCUUUUGCUCCCGAAGAAAAGACUAACUACAGCGACUUAUUUGGUUCUGCUAAAAAGUCAUCGGGGAAAAAAGGUAAAGCUGAAGCCCUUAAAAAAGAGUUCAGGCGUCAUAGUGAAUCCCCUGUCAGGAACAAUCGUAAAAGUUUUUCUAACUUACCAGCCACUAUACCUAGACCAAUCACUCAUCCGCGGUUUAUCACUAAAGCUUUGGAAGGGAAGUCAGAUCAUGAAGUCCGGAUAAGAUGUCAAAUCUCUUUACCAAGAGACGAUGAAGAGGAUGUUGACAUGAAUGCUGAUAAAAAGAAAUACAAGUGUCAUUUAUGCGAUUUUCAAUCAGCCCGAUUGAAUGUCAUAGUUUUACACAAUAAGUCCCACAGUGCCGGCUUUAUUGAAGCUCAAAAUUCCAUUAAAGCCAAGUUAAAAGGGAAAGAAAGAGAGAGAGUUUCUGUGGGUCCUAUAUCUCUUGGUGAACAAACUCCAACAAGUGUUACAAGCCGGGGCAGGGUAAAAAGUCUGCCUAAGAAGUUAAUGGACUACACUGACGAACCACCUCCAAAAAUGUUAAAAGAAAGGACAUACGGUAAACCAGUCAAAGAAGAGACGACAGAGUCUCCAACUGAAAUCCUAGUUGAAAAAUCUCCUAAAAAGCAAAAGGUCGUUUCUGAAAAAACUGCUGUUAAAAGACCAUUGUUUGGAAAGCGCAAAUCAGCUAAGGAGAAGGCCGAAAUUGCAGCAAAAAUAAAACAAGAAAAUGAGGCCAUGAAAGAAACACUAUUAAAAGAUUGGGAUGAUGAUGAUGUGAAUGAAGAAGAAGUAGAACUGGAAAGGCUGAAACAAGCUCUGGAAUCAACAACAACUUCAAGUCUUGAAGAUGACGAGAUUGAUAGUCCUGCUAAGAUAAAAAAGACAGUUGACCAAGAAAAAACAUCUGGUAAAAGUAAAACCUCAACUAGAAAUGAUAGUUCUAGUAGUAAAACUAUAAGUGAUGAUGUUAAAACUAAAGUGUUUGAGUUUGAUGAUUCAGAGGAUUGUUUGCCUGUGAACAUAAAUUUCAGACUUAAGAAUAAGCAAGAAAAGUUUACGGAUGAUAAAUUUAAAAAGCCUAGGCCUCCAAAGCCUUUAAGCAAACCAAAGUCUAAAUCAUUGACACCCCCAACUCCACCACCUCCUCUUUUUAGUGAAAAGAAAGAUGAGGAAAAAGACACAGCUGAUUUGACAGAAGCGUUUAAUGCUCUUCUUGAAGAAACAUCUGUUCCUGUUCUCCCAGAGAUACCCAAUGCAAGUGCUAGUGUGAACUCUUCAUUUAGUGACCAGACAAGCGACAUUAGUUCAUCAACCGAUCUAGUUCGUAUAACAGACACUUCUGGAGAUUCAGGCUCAAAAAUGAUUUUGGAUUAUUUACCUAAAGAAUCAGUUUCGGUCAAUAGUGAAUCACUGAUGGAAUGCACUAGUUCUGAUAACGAAGAAGUAAACACAUCAGAUAAAGUUGAUAUAAGUUCUGUUGAAGAUCUGGAAACCAGUAAGAACCAAAAAAACAUGAUGGAAGUCUCGGCAGUCCCCAGUGCCGAGACGGAUUCUGAAGUUUUAUCUUCUGGGGACGCCUCAACCACUCGUCUUAAUUUAAAUUCUCAAACAGAAGAACCCAUUCCUCCAACAGAUGGUAAAGCUAGUGGUGAAGAUUCAACUUCAACAGAGAUAACAUCGACUUGUGAAGGUUCAAAGGGAUUUCUUGAUAGAAAAGAUCAACCACACGUAAAUAAUUGUUCCUUAGACGAAUCGACCCAAAAUAAGACUGAUAACACUGCAAAUUCUUCUCAUGAUGAUACACACACGAGAACUGAAAAUGUUGACACACCUAAUAAGUCUCAUGAUGAUGCUAGCUUGGUCAAUGAUGACUCAUCUUCGUUUGAAUUGAAUUCAAAAAUCUUGACAGAAUCUAAAAUAUCAGACAAUGAAUCUGUAAGUGGUUGCCAAAAAUAUGAUUCAGAGCUAAGGCCUGAUGAAAUGUCUGUUAAUCAGAAAAGUGAAUCAACUCCAACAGCUAGUGUUGAAAGUGAACAAAAUGUGAUUUCUGAUCCUGUUGUGCAAGAUGAUGAAAAUAAGGUUGACAUCAGUACGAUGGAUACUGACGUUAAAAAGGAGAUUCCAACUAGCAAAGAAACCAAAGUUCUUAUUAAAGAAGAACACUGUAUAUCUGGAUUUAGUUCAAAUGAACAACUUGUAACCCAAGAUGUUGUUUCGCAUUCAGGUGCCAAUGUACAGAUAAUAGUGCCCUCUAAUCAGGAUUCUAACACUGGGUCUAGCAAUUAUCACCAGCAACAAGUAGAAACUAUCCUUAUGCCAGAUCAAGGAAGUACUGUUAACCAAACUAUGUCCCAAAGUCUUCAGGACAUGGAACUUGAUAUUAAUUCAAUGCCUGUUAUUAUUGGGGGAGAAGAUUUUAUCCAGUCAGAACAACCAAAGCCACAUUUGAUUCCUAUUCAACCUAAAUAUUCUGAAAGUAUUGUAAUUAGCCCCAAAGUCAAUGUUGCUACUUCAUCUAAACCUGAGAGUGUUGUACAUUUCAGCGAACCAUCUUCAUCCACUCAAAAUAUUAAGUCAGUAGUAUCACUUCCUGGUAAAGGUGGAAAAGGAGGAGGACGAGGUGGAAGAUCCCCAAAAGUUACUUCUAAAACAAUUAAAUUGUCUGCUUCUGCACUGAAAAAUCUCGGAUCUCUUCCAAAAGGUGGCAAUCAACAAGUGUUGAUCUUGAAGACUGCAAGUAGCAAAGACAGUCAAGAUAAAGGAACGAUCCAAAAAACUCAAGGACCUUUAAAUCUGAUUCAGCAUGGCAAUAAAAUAUUGAUUGUAAAUAAUCCACAAAUGACAGGACAAAACAAAAUAAAACUAAAUCCACAACAACAGCAAUUGUUAACUGGAGGUAAACUGGCUCCGGGUACAAGAGUUUUCACUAGUAAAGUAGUCGCUACAACAACCCCACCUUCCAAUGACAGCAACAAAACCAGUACAUCAAGGCCUCCAUCAAAAACUACUCAGAAACUUGUAAUUAGUAAAGGUGGAGUUUUAACAAAUGUGUCAAAAAGUGUAAUUAUUAACAAUAGUUCCGCUGGUAAAAUAAUUUCAACAGUUUCAGGACUUAAAAACUUAGCAACAAGUAAAGGACAAACUAUUGUUGCCCAUAACAUUUUAAACACCAAAGGAGGUCUUAUUAUUCCAAGUUCAUCUCAGAAUGUAUCUUCAAGCAAUAAGACCACUACUCUAAUAACUUCUCAAAGUUUACCCUCAAGUAAGGGUAUGAUAUUAACACCGAUAGCUAGUAAAGGUGGGCAGAUUAUUUCAGGAAACUCAAAGUUGAGAAUAGUAUCCUCUAAAGCUCCUUUAAGUGGAACUCGGUUUGUUGUUCAAGGUUCUCCAAAAAAACCAACUACUGUUGAUACACAGUCAAAAGGUCAACAAAUUAAGUUGAUUAGUGGGUUGAGGGGGCAAUCAUCAGGAAAUACUAUUUUCAUUCAAACAAGUCAAGGUUUAGUGGCAAAAACAAUAUCUUCAAACACCGUUGCAGCAGCUACUACAACAAAAACUAUUACAGCGACACUUCCAAAAUCAAUAGCUGGAUCUAUUACAUCCCCAACUAAGAUUCGCAUGUCAGCAUCACCAGUUAAGACACCUAUUGUUAUUCAGCAGCCUCAGUCAAACGUGUCCAUUCAACAAAUUGUACAACAACCUGUUUCUGUUCAACCAUCAUCAAUGGUCAAAGUACAACAUUCUUUACCUGUGCAACCAGUAAAGAUUCAACCCAUGUCUGUACAACCAGCUCCUACUGUCAAGAAAGUAACUGCGCCAAAAUCCCGACAAAGUCCAAACAUUUUACAAAAACCUCCACGAAAAUCUACUCCCCGUGCUCCUAAAGGCGGUGGUCCCAAAGCUGGUGGUCCUAAAGCUGGUGGUCCUAAAGGAGGUGGUCGCUCUAAAGCUCAGUCUGCCACAAAAAAAUCAGAACCCUUGAUUCUUUCCACUUCAACUAGUUUGCCAGUAAUAACUCAGCCUUCCCUUGUCCAAGCACAGAUCCCACAGAAUUCAGAUGGAAUGCUUUAUUUAACAAUCGAUGAAUCUGGAAACUACAGACAGAUAGAUAGUAAAUCACUUCUGACCCUAGAAGGAGGUUCUACUGACACUCCACAGACUAUUUACAUCCCUGCGAGUAGUCAGCCUCAGGAUGUCGGUAAUGUUUUUCUAACCAUCGAUGAUGCAGGAAUGACUCAGCUUGUCAACAUAGCACCACCUACAUCCAGUACAUCUUUCAAUCAAGAGACUCCUGCACCUGCUCAAGAUAUCCUGGCCAAAGCAUUAGCAAAUACUCAAGUGUUUCAACAGGAAACCAUAAUGCCAGAUGUGGAUGUCAGCUCUGCUCUAGUUUCUACUGUAGAUUCAAGUUCACUCGCCUCUGCUUCAUUUGUGGAGCAGCCACACUACCCUGCACCCUCCUUAUCACACUCUGUGCAAGAGACGUCACUUACUCUCACACAACCCAUCAUGACUCCCCUCGAGGUACCUUCGAAUGUGUCCCCGAGUCUCGGUCAGAUCUCAGCGUUGCCGUCUAAUUAUAUUUCAUCAAACCUACUGAACACUAAACAGAAAGGUAUUCAUCCCUCAAUGCCUUUGUUGACUGAAGAAUCACUGACGAGUCAGACACGAGGUGAACCGAUUUUCUUGUUAGACUCGUCAAAUAAUAUAAUUCCCUUGACUUCUGGAUCUCAGACAUCGUUUCAACUGACACUAGAUGACAGUAUGGUGACAAUGACUUCGGGGGCUAGUGGGUCCGUCCUCCCACAAACAUACCAAGUUGUCACUAGUGAUCUGUUAACAUCCCAACUGAUCACACAGGGGGAGAAACAGCAAGAAGACGCUUCACAGAGCAUGCAUUUUACUGUACUUCAGGAAGCAAACCAGAUGUCUUCAGAAGAUGCACAGACAGCCCAAGGCAGUGGCAUUUUGAGGGAAGCUCUUGAAGCUCCUCAGACUUUUAAAAGUGAGUCAUUCACAAACAGUGUUGAAACCACUCAAAGUGAAAAUCUGGCAAACUCUGUCCAAAUUGAAAGCACAGAUAUAGAGAGUUGUAGGUUAGUUGAUUUUCACCCAGCUGAUCCUUUGCCUGAACACAUCAGUAAUGAGCAGCAUCUCGCGGGUGAGGAAACUGUAGCUGAAGAAGCUCAACAUUCCUUGAAAAGGAGUUUGGGUGAAGAAGAGACAGUGACGAGUUCCUCCGAUCACCAAGAUGAUGCAAAGAGAAUCAGGCUAGAGGAAAGAUAAUGUGUUUUAGUUCAUUAGUGUGUACAGUUGCAUAGUCGUGUAAUAUAUAUUUAUAAAUAUAUAAUUAGAUCAUUGUAUAGUAAACUUAAGAAUAUCAAUUUAUUCUUAAAGAUUUAAUUUUUAUAUUUUGGACUGAUCAUACAUCUUUAUUCACAUCUGAAAUGUAUAUACCAUGAAUCAAAUUAUAUUCUUGGCUAUUUAUAAUCACAAUCACGAGUGUUAUAAUUAUUUAUAGUUUUUAAGUUAUUACUUUUGGCCUUUUGGGUAUGUCCUUUAAUUUAUUGAUAAAAUAUGUGAGUACCAAGACCUAUCCUAUUUUAGUUUUGUGUUAUGGAAUGAGUCAUAGAAAAUACAAAAUUGCAGGAUCCAGAUUCACAAAAAUUACUAUAACUGAUUCAAAACUAAUGAGAGUUUGUAACUUUAUUUUUUUACUGUUUAUUGUAACAGAAAACUAUGUGUACUAAUGUAUUAAUUCAUGGAGGGUGCAUUUUGUUAUGAGGUUAAUUAUGUAUAUAACUUAUAAUUUUGUUCUGAACUUUACAUACCUUGCACCAACCAAACAAUAGAAUAAUUUUGUGUAGUUUUGUUUUAGUAAAUUCAAACACUUUCAAAUUAUUGAAUCAUGUUUUGUAAAAAAUUCUUUUUAGGUAAAUAAUUGGGAUAUCUAUGAUCAUAAAUAUUGUGUUGGUUUUAAGUGAUAGUAAUGGCCAACUAUUAGUUUCUUAUGAAAAUAUUGUGUAGGGUGUGUAUGUAUAUAUACAUAUUUUUUAAGCAACAAUGUUCUUCUGUAAUUUAUUUAAUCAUGUCUGAACAAAUGUUUUCAGACUUCUUUUUUGGAGCUAGUUAAAAAAGCGAGAACCCAAAAGAAAGUUAUUUUGUUAAAUUAAGAUUAAUAAUGACCUCUUUUUUGUAAUGUGAACUAAAAGACAUUUUAUUUGUGCAAUGGUAAUUAUCUGAACUAUUUAAAAAAAAAACCUCACCCCCAAAAUGUUUUGCAAUUUGAUUAAUUACUUUUUUUAGCAUAUCUGUGUUGAGUUUUGUUGUCAGUUUAAAAAUGUUUUUGAGUAAAAUAAGAAUAUUUAAACAAAUUUAAUUAUUUUAAAAGCUUUAAAAGUUGCGUCAAAAUUUGAUGAAAUUUUCUUAGUGCACGAUAUUUUUGAUACCAUGUUUAAUGUAUAUUGUCAGAUCAGAUUUGGAAUUAUAUUUUUUUUGUUGAUUGUGAAUAUUUUAAAAGUGUUAUACUGUAUAUCAUAGAUUAGGCUACUGUAAGGAUUUUCUAACUGUAUUCCAGAGUUUUUGUUUAUUUUGCUUGAUGGCAGUCUGUUGAAGUAAAUUGUAUAAUUAAGGAAAA